UUUAAAUGCAUUACUUUUUAACUAUGUAAUUACAAAAAAAUAUUCUCAAACUACUCAAAAUUUUCUUUCAUCACUGUUUCCAGAAAAAUGAAAUAUAAAUUUAUUUGGAUAAUUUAUUGCUUGAACAAUAUUUUUCAAUCAUGCUUGUCCCAAUAUCCACCACCAACAUAUAGGAAAUCAAAAUCAGUGCUUAAUCCAUGCGAAAAUAACAUGGCUUCAUUAGUGGAACAUUUCUUUUCGAUCAUAUUCUCGGAAUUCCGCAACCCUCAACCCGUAUGUGUUUGUGUGCAAAUGUGCCCCAACCAAGCAACAUACUGCUACCCAAAUGGAUGUUUAAGAAAAACUGAAAAUAAUCGUAAAGUAGCACCAAGUCAGCAAGAAGAGGCUCAUGUUCUUAGAGUUGAAAAUAAAAGACCGAUGUUUCUGGUAGAUAAUAGUGGUAAUCAAGUAGCUGAAGUCGUCGAUGAAGUGGGCGCUACGAAUGCUGUGACUACAACGGAACCUUCUUUCAAGAAACCUAUGAACAAAUAUCCAUUUGAUAAUUACAAAACAAUUUAUAAAUAUCGCAAACUACCUAGGGUGCACAUGCAGUACAAUUUAAGAGAACAAGUAAAAAAUUCUAAAUCUAAUACAUACUCAGAUGUGGGGGGUAAUAGGUGGCCAUUGAAUAAAAUAAAACAAGUGACUAUUCCAAAAACGUACGAAACAGAACCAGACGUAGCAACAAAAAGCCCAGUGCAUUUCAUAUCUAUGCCCUCAAUUAUCCCAAGAUAUUUCAAAAGAGACUUAAGGUCGCAUUUUAAACAUGCCAGUCAUGAAAAUAUUAGUUAUGCAGAAAAAAUACCAGCUGAACCGGAAAAGUUUUCUUUAGAAAAAUUGAUUAAUGACUUAAUCGCCAGUAGUUUAGAAAAUUUGGACUAUAGCAAUAAUACCGACAUUGGUAUAGAAAUAAUCUCAAAAGUUUUAGAUAAUGAUACUAAUGCGAUGAUGUAUAAUAAUAAAAAAUUUAUAUCACAGAAAGAAGUUUUAGAUACAUCGAGUAGUACAAUGCAUGAGACUACUGCAGCUAGCUUAAAUGAAACAGCUGAUAAUUCAAACAACAAAAGUUUUGAGUAUGAAGAUGACACUCUACAAACUCCUAAGGAAAUGUUUAUAAAUAUUUAUAACGAUGAUGCUAUAGAAUCGCUGUCAAAACGAAUAGAUAAACUUAAUAAUACAAGUUAUGAGUUAAUUAAUACGACGAAUGAGAUACUAAUUACACCAGGAGAUUUUACAGUAACUCAAUGGGCAACAUCAUCUAAUAAAACAGAAGAAAUUAAUAAUGAAGGCAAUGAUAGAUAUAAAAAUUUUACUCUAAUAUCUUAGGUUUGGGGUAAUAAUUUAUAUUAAUUAAUUUUAUC